UGAAUGAGGUGGGUCUUGACGACACCGUGUAAGCUACUGUUGAAAUUCCAGUGCUAACCAACUUUAGCCAGCUUGCUAACAUGUAAUUCAGCGAAUGUGAAGAACCACAUUUACAGCGCUAUUCUGAACUCAAAUGCAUAGUUCAUAUUUCAUGUCUGAUUGAGGGAUACUGGGAAAAUCGUCUUAAUGUUUGCUACUGCGCGUGUCUCCGCUCGUGCAACCAGGACAUGUCCAGUUAGCCAGAACGCAGCAGGACGGGGAUAAGGAACCUGGCCAGCCAGCCCGUUUCACUGCUUGAGGGAUCUGAACAGGUUUCAUCGGGCAGAGGACAGCAGAGCCGGCUGCUGGGACUACCAUGAGUCCCGCAGGCUGCCCCCAUGUCAACAGCUUCAAAGUGGACAACUGGAAGCAGAACCUGAGGGUUAUUUAUCAGUGUUUCGUGUGGAGCGGUUCAGCCGAGACCAGAAAACGCAAGGCCAAGUCAUGCAUCUGCCACAUGUGCGGCGCCCACCUCAACAGACUUCACUCCUGCCUCUACUGCGUCUUCUUCGCCUGCUUUGCCAAAAAACACAUCCACGAACAUGCCAAGAGCAAAAGGCAUAACCUAGCUAUUGACCUGCUGUAUGGAGGAAUUUACUGUUUUAUGUGCCAAGACUACAUUUAUGACAAAGACAUGGAACAGAUUGCCAAAGAGGAACAGAGGAAAGCCUGGAAAAUGCAAGGCAUAGGGGAGAAGUACUCCACGUGGGAGCCCACCAAGAGAGAGCUGGAGCUGCUCCGCCACAACCCCAAGAGGAGGAGAAUCACCUCCAACUGUACUAUUGGCCUGCGGGGUCUGAUAAACCUGGGCAACACAUGCUUCAUGAACUGCAUCGUCCAGGCGCUGACACACACGCCGCUGCUGCGUGACUUCUUCCUCUCCGACCGACACAAAUGUGAGAUGCAGAGCAACUCCUGCUUGGUGUGUGAGAUGUCGCAGCUCUUCCAGGAGUUCUACUCAGGCCAUCGGUCGCCACACAUCCCCUUCCGUCUUCUCCACCUGGUGUGGACGCACGCCCGCCACCUGGCUGGUUACGAGCAGCAGGACGCCCACGAGUUCCUCAUCGCAGCGCUGGACGUCCUGCACAGACACUGCAAAGACGACAACGGGAAGAAAGCCAACAACCCCAACCACUGUAACUGCAUCAUCGACCAAAUCUUCACAGGGGGCCUGCAGUCUGACGUCACCUGUCAAGUCUGCCAUGGUGUUUCCACAACCAUAGACCCGUUCUGGGACAUCAGCCUGGACCUGCCAGGCUCCUCCACCCCGUUCUGGCCUCUCAGCCCCGGAGGAGACGGGUCAGCACUUAACGGAGAGAGUCACACCACUGGAGCCACAACACUCACAGACUGUCUGCGCAGGUUCACCAGGCCAGAGCACCUCGGCAGCAGUGCUAAGAUCAAGUGCAGCGGUUGCCAUAGUUACCAGGAGUCCACCAAGCAGCUGACCAUGAAGAAGCUGCCCAUCGUGGCCUGCUUUCACCUCAAAAGGUUUGAGCAUUCAGCCAAACUACGGCGGAAGAUCACAACUUAUGUCUCCUUCCCGUUGGAGCUGGACAUGACCCCCUUCAUGGCCUCCAGUAAAGAGAGCAGGAUGAACGGACAGUACCAGCAGACUGUGGACCCCUUCAACAAUGACAACAAGUAUAGUCUAUUUGCAGUGGUGAACCACCAGGGGACACUAGAAAGCGGCCAUUACACCACCUUCAUCCGUCAGCACAAGGACCAGUGGUUCAAAUGUGACGAUGCCAUCAUCACCAAGGCCAGCAUCAAGGACGUCCUGGAUAGUGAAGGGUACCUUUUGUUUUACCACAAACAGUUCCUGGAGUACGAGUAGCUCCCUCCACCAGCGCAGCCUGCAGGAGGAGACGAGGGUUGAUCCGAGGAUUAGUUGCAUGGGAAAAGGUAACGCGGUGGUGAGAGAGGCACGGAAACAGGAACACAAGCCUACCUGAAUCACUCGCAACUCUCACUCUAACAUGGAACCUCCCUUACUACAUACUAAUCUAGUUCCACUGUACGACAUUCAAGAAAGAAACUGUCUGCUGUGCAGCAAAGUGCAAGAACCACACACAAUGCAAAGACGUUUGAAAGGGAGAUUUGUAUGGGCCCUGGAGGAACAUUGCAUAAAAAGUGUUUCACUUUACGUGAAGACAGCAGCUGUAAUAAUCUGCUGUAUGAAGAAAUUACUCCAGUCAAAUCCCUAUUUUAUUCUCUUUCUCAGAUACAGACAGAAGGGCAGAAGGUUUGUUUUAACCUGACUUCAUGUGGGGAUGGUUUACUUGAUCACAAAUGCUGUUCUUCACCAUUUUUCAUGCUCGCACAGCUGCAUUUAGCACCACCUGAAGGCGAAAACGUGUGGAAUCGCAGCCUUCCACGGAGGCUCUGCUUCGGCGAAUAAUUUUUCAUUCGCUUUUUACCUAAACUGGCAACUUCCUGGACACAAGCACACUUGUCUGACACAACCACACUCCUCCAAAUGACCAAAUAUUUCAAGGACGGAAGUUGUCUUAUUAUGCAUUUUUGUUUUUCCGAAUGCAAAAAGUGGGGUAAAAAAAAAAAAAAUCACCUGACUAAUAGUAUUAUUACGAACAUUGUAUAGAGAGACAGUUAAUUCCAUUCAUUUCUCGUGAGUUUGUAGUUGUCAGUCAGAUACUAUUAGGAAGCAUUGUCUGUUAUUUACUGCCUCUCAUGCUGCUUCCAACAGUCACGGGGGGGAAUAAAAUUACACAUUAUAUUUUUAUACAUACUGUAAUUAAAUCGUUUGUUUACGGUUUUGCAUUCUCCCUGAACUCUCACAUUGUUUGUCUGUGUUACAUUGUGCCGUCAAUCAUGUUUUUUGUGCACACAAAAGCAAAAUAGCGCUGAUAACAUCCAUGAUCUGCUGAUAUAGCAGCUUUCUUUUCAUUCUCCUGUUUAAUUCACCUGAUUCGGAUGACAUCAAAUGGGCGCAAAUCAGCAGAUAUCAUUCCACAAGUUUUGGCAACUAGGGGUCUACUUCAGCGUCUAGCAGGUCCAGUAGGUUGUUAUCAGCCCAUUUAAUGGCCUGCUAUAUAGACAGCAAACCUUUUUAGCAUCACCAUGGGGUCUAUUGAAAAUUCAACCAUGGGAUUUUUGCAUAGGAUUUUAGAUCAUUGCAGAAAAUACAACAUGGUCUCACAGGAAUCCGUGAAAUAGCCACGAAUUUGCUUAACUCAAAAUCCAUGGAAUAGCCACAGAAUCACUCAAAUUUCCGUGAAACUGACACGGAUUUCGCUACAAUGCAAGUUAAUGACAGUCAUAUCCCGUGGCUAUUCCAACAUACAAAGUGAUUAUGUACAUUCACUGAGUGAAUAUUUAGAAAAUAAAACAUAUAUUUCUCGCUAGAAAUGUGAUCAAAAUCCAUUUUUAUGCAAAAUAUUGAUUUUUUUCACUAAAAACGAGAGAACUGUCCGCCAUGUUUUUUGUUCUGAACGCUGGGACCUUGAAAGUCACGUGACUUGGAACAAACCAAAAGGAAAAAAUAUCCAUGGAAUAGCCACGGGAUAUGACUGUCAUUAACUUGCAUUGUAGCAAAAUCCGUGUCAGUUUCACGGAAAUUUGAGUGAUUCCGUGGCUAUUCCACGGAUUUUGAGUUAAGCAAAUCCGUGGCUAUUCCACGGAUUCCUGUGAGACCAGUUUCGAAAAUAAGCUCUGGGGCAAACACGUUUCUGAUGCGUACACAUUUUCUUCAGCAGGAUAAUCUUCACAAGUGAACACCAUUUUUAUGAUGUUUGCAGCGUACAUUUCUGUAGAAUAAAAUUUCGGUUUUAUUUUUCAUUUGUCUUCUGGGUUGUAUAACUUUUGAUACAUAUAUGUGACAUUACUGCAGAAGCCAUAUUCUGACAGUACCGGUUGUCCUGAAAAAAAGAAUGUACAUUACUUGAUUCUGCAUCAAAGGGCUGAGGAAAUACACGUAUUUAGCAACAACAAAAAAACAGAUGGACAAGAAAAAUCAAAAUGUGGCUCUGUGACUCGAGGGUGUUAAUUCAGCUGACAAAAGUAAAAAGCUAACAUUAUGCUAUAGCUAACUACACCACAGUCGCAUGACUUGAACGUUUAGACGCUCUCCGACAAGCUAACCAGCCAUUUUGACAAGCUAGCGAAACCGUAGCUUAAUAAAUUGUUUAUUAACAUAAUUUACAAUAUACAAGAGUUUGCAAAAGCACUGAAAAACACGACUAAAGGCUGUGAGGUGGACUAGUGAGAGAGUUCCCAUCUGUGUCUGGCAUGAUGAUGUUUAAUUCCCCCAAACCCCUGUAGUCUCAGUUAGCCACUUGUUAGCAACCACCUUUUUAAGGACACAUAAAAAAAAGAGAGUUUUUGCUAACAUAUUUUUUGUCGUACAACAAAACAUUUCUUAAGCUUGUGUUAACAACAGACCUUAUUCCAGGCAUCUAACCACAAACCCAUUCAAAGUCCUCAUUGAGUUUGACAGGAUAGACCCAAUGGUGCUAAAAUGCUAACGAUGCUAAAUGAUUUAAGAACUCAUUCCUGUGGCGCCCUGUUAGAGCACCAUGUGAUAACACAAGUAAAUUAUGUUAUUUUAUGUAACUAUGUCACAUCCAGUACUUUACUGUCCUCAUAACUACUUCUCUUUGGCAUUUACAUCCAUUUAUUUAACUUUUUAAAUUAUAUUUCAUCACGCCUAAUCAGGAGCCAUUGCCCUAACCUUAGAAAAUAACUUGUAUAGCAUAAAGCUAGCAAAACCACAGCCUUUUAACUAAAUUUACCUGCUUACUUUUUAGCCGUUUAAUGGGCUGGUAACAACCUACUGCACCUUACAGAAGGUGGAGCCAACCCCUACCUGCCCAUAGUUAUGGGAAUGAUAACUGCUGAUAACUCCGAUUUGAUCGCACGAUAACGUUUGAAACAGGUGGAUUAUAGGUUUAUUUGACUAGAAAUUGUCAAAUGUUUUACAGAAGCAUAUUCUCCAUGUUCAAGAUACGUUCUCGUGAUGCUGUUUCAGGUAAA